AUCAGUGUGGAGUCUGGAGGGACGCAUUACUAAGGCGACGGGCUCGACGCCUCCCCGCUUCGGGAUGAAUUAGCGGCGGGUUCUGCUCGCAGGUUGUGACCCCCGUGAGUCGCAGUUUCGCCCCAGUGUCCCCGCGACGUCGCGCGUUCCCCCCGGCGUGUCCCAGAAUCAUGGUGUCAUGGAAGGGAAUUUACUUUAUACUCUUCCUGUUUGCGGGAAGCUUUUUUGGAAGUAUUUUUAUGCUUGGUCCCAUUUUACCUUUGAUGUUUAUAAACCUGUCAUGGUAUCGCUGGAUUAGCAGCCGUCUUGUGGCUAUGUGGCUAACACUUCCUGUGGCAUUGUUGGAAACCAUGUUUGGUGUGAAAGUAGUUAUAACAGGAGAUGCAUUCGUACCUGGAGAGAGGAGUGUCAUUAUCAUGAACCACCGGACAAGGGUGGACUGGAUGUUCCUGUGGAAUUGUCUAAUGAGGUACAGCUACCUCAGGCUGGAGAAGAUUUGCCUCAAAUCCAGUCUCAAAAGUGUUCCUGGAUUUGGCUGGGCCAUGCAAGUUGCUGCCUUUAUCUUUAUUCAUAGGAAGUGGAAGGAUGAUAAGAGCCAUUUUGAAGACAUGGUUGACUAUUUCUGUGCCAUCCAUGAACCACUACAACUUCUCAUCUUUCCAGAAGGAACUGACCUCACAGAAAAUAACAAGGCUAGGAGUAACGAUUUUGCUGAGAAGAAUGGACUUCAGAAAUAUGAGUAUGUAUUACACCCAAGAACCACCGGCUUUACUUUUGUGGUGGACCGUCUAAGAGAACUGAGAUGCCGCUACACAGUCUACCAGAAGAAUGAAGGGAACAGCCAAGAGGCUGGGAAGAGAGCAAGAGCAUCUUACAGGGAGCAGUCCUCAGGGUGGAAACAGGAAAAAGCCGAGGUAGGAACCUCGAUGCUGUCCAUGACAUCACCGUGGCAUAUCCUUACAACAUUCCUCAAACCGAGAAGCACCUUCUGCUUGGAGACUUUCCCAAGGAGAUCCACUUCCAUGUCCAUAGGUAUCCAGUCGACACUCUUCCCACGUCCAAGGAGGACCUUCAGCUCUGGUGCCACAAGAGGUGGGAAGAAAAGGAAGAGAGGCUUCGGUCCUUCUACCAAGGAGAAAAAAACUUUCACUUUACUGGGCAGAGCACAGUUCCACCGUGCAAGUCUGAGCUCAGAGUCCUUGUGGUCAAGCUACUGUCCAUACUGUACUGGGCCCUGUUCUGCUCUGCAAUGUGCCUGCUUAUCUAUCUCUACAGCCCUGUUCGGUGGUAUUUUAUAAUUAGCAUUGUGUUCUUCGUGCUGCAGGAGAGAAUAUUUGGUGGACUGGAAAUCAUCGAACUUGCAUGUUACCGCUUUUUACACAAGCACCCACAUUUAAAUUCAAAGAAAAAUGAGUAAGACGGUGGCGUUCCCUGUGAAAACCUAGGAUUGUCACGGGAAUGUCAUAGUCUUUGUAAACUGAGAUGAGUUUUGCAUGACUAUGUCAAAUGUUUCUACUGUCGUCAUUCUUUGUUAAAGACAUUUUGCACUUAAUUUUGUGGGGGAAAUAUUGCUAUGGUUUCUUUAAAAAUCUCUGAAUGUAAUUCCAAUGCUGUGUAUGUAGCAGGGGUCAAUCGCUGUGAAUGACUAGGGCCAGAGUAUUAGAAACAAUCACCAAGCUGUUGAGACAAGAUGCAAGCUUUUCUGAAAGACCAACCUGUUUCUGACAGACUCAGCUCAGAGGCAGCCCUGGCACCAUGAACGCCAGCCCUAGGAGAUCUAAGCAGGUAGUUGUCUGCCUCCCCCACGGGGCACAGUCCAUUCUUUAGUUCUUUUACACCAAUCAAACCCAACAGUGGAAUUGUCUUGUCUGAGACUGGUCACCAUUAAUAGGGACCUUGUGCUGAAUGAGACAGGAAAAGACCCUCUCCUCACCUGGAAAUCAUAGAGCACCAUCAGGCUCUCCGCUUGGCUUUUAAGAGACAGAAACCAGUGCAGCUUGCUUUUCACUCACUCAGUCCUGCCCUCCUGAUGGUUACCAGGUAUGACUUCAUCUUUAGUGUGCACUGCUACAUGUAAAGAUGCAUUAGAACAGCAUCUGUAUUCCAGACAGAAACUGGAAGGCAGUAUAUGUCCUAAGCAUGCAGGGUGUCUACCUUCUGCCAUUAGAGCUACAACGAACAUGCCCACAGACAGGGUGGUUAGCUAAAGCACCCACACCCUGACAACCUUACCCUUAAAACCAAAAAUGCUAAGUUAGAAUGAACUCAUUCAGUGAUAGCAAGGACGCUCUCUCUUUUUAGUCAUCUAUUGAGUUACAUCUAAACACACAAUGACCAACUGCCUGCCAAGUAUUGCUGUCUUUUGGAAGCAGUGAAAACAUAGCAAACCAACAGCACCCAGUGUCCUGGGCAGGGGAAUCCUGUGGCCAUUGUUUCCGCUCCACUGGACUGCCUGCUCCUAUCUGUGUCAUGUGAUUGGGGCAGAGGCACAUAAGCUUCCCACUGUGUCCGGCAGUCUCAGCAGCCAUUACUGCCCUGUCCUGAAUGAUGGCAGCGUGCAUCUGCCUGGCAAGGACUUAGCUCACCAAGCACACUCUGAGGAAGCCCUGUUGGGGACAGGAGAACACCAUGAGCAUAUCAUGGUUAAGUCUGGUGUUUGGUGUUUGUGCAUGUGUUGGUGGGAGGGUGCUAACUGGUGCCUCCGGAGAAACACACCAGCCCAUGUUUAACUGCUCCAUCGAAGCUCACUUUACUCCUGGCCGGACUUAAUAGUCAGUAGUCAUGCACACCUGCUCUCAACACAGCUGUUGGGCUUUAUAGUUUUUAAGGUAACACACACACACACACACACACACACACACACACACACACACACACCACACACACACACACCACACAUACACACACACAUACACACCACGCACACGCACACACACACACACACACACACACACACACACACACACACACACACCACGCACGCACAAUCUCUCCCCCUUUUUCUUUCCCCAAUGAGAAAGGCUUCCUCUGAGACUUCCGUGGAUCACAUUUAAAGGUGGAAAUAGCUAGCAAUCAAAAUUGCAUUUGUUCCCCAGGUAAAGGGAGAUGCUGUCGGCUUUGCCCACAGUGGCUGGGCUCCAUUAAUGGUGACGUCCCUCUCAUUGUGCACCCUCAGACUCUCUGUCUCUUGUUCUUCUUCCCUUCGACCUCUUCUGAUCAUAGAAAACAUUAAGGUAGAAAAUACCUUAAUUUUACUUUAUCUACCCAAAUUCAUAAUACUAAGUAUAGCACUAAAGCUAGAGAAUGUGGAUACUCUACUUGCUUAAGAGAAAUUUCUCUGAAAGGGGGAAAAACCCUUUUAAAUAAAAGAUUUUAAAUUAUAAUUACUUACUUAUACCUACAUGUUUAACUUUGUUAAAAUUGUUUAUUUAAUUUUAAAAAUACACAUAUAGCUAAUGCUUUGAGCUAAGAACUGCUUUAAGUCCGUACUUGAGCAUCAGGUAUAAGCAGAUGUGGCCUUGAUGGUUGUCAGCCUGAGGAAUGCCCCUGCCACACCUUCAGCCAGGGCUCAGUAGCUGCAGCCCUGCUCCAGCAGACCCUGCCCUGCUCCCUGUGCUGGUGAGUAAAAUGGACGGAGAAGUGCUCACAGUGCUAGUCGGCUAGUUGAUCCCAUUCUAGGAGACUUUACAAAUAGUGGGUGUGGGUUAUUUAUACUGUGAACCACUUCACUUUAAAAUAUGGACCCAUAUAGAGGAAAGAACUGGCUGGGUGAGGAGUUCCCACAUUAGGUGUCUUUGAAACAAACCCAAGGAAUCCUAAACUUUAGUCAGCCAACGUGGCAGGGCUGUGGGGAGACUGAAAGGGAAAUAGAAAAAUAUCUGCAAGAGCUCAUCACCGAAGACUCUCCCUAAAAUCCUGCCUCCCUCCGCAUGCUCACAGAACAAACCCGAGAAGAAGCAGCAUCUUCCACUCAACAUGUUCUGAUGGUGACCGCUGCACACGCAGGCCGUAUGUUGGUACCCAAGUCUGAAUUCUGCAGACAGGUUCCUAUUUCACCGGCUCUCAAGUACAGUCACGACAAAGACUAUCGAGGGAGCCUGUCGGUGUAAAAUUGUUUACAUUUCUUUCUAUAAAAUAAUGUGCUUUCAGUGCCUUAGUUAUGGCUCCCUUUCUUUUUCCUGUUCUAAGAAUUCUAUACCGUGUUCUUGGAUAAAGUCUCUCCUUGUCACUCACUAGGAGAAAAAUGGUGUCCCAACACCAGUCAGUGGUUGACAGAAGUGACAAAACCCUAUGUUGAAACAUGGAAAAGAUAGCUCGGUGCUGAGCUAGUGGCUGCCUAGAGUUCUUACACUGUGGAAAACAAUUGCUUGGCCACGCAAUGAACUUUACACCACAUGUGGCCCUAAAGGUGUCUUGUACCCACCUAAAAUUUUUAUUUCAGAGUCUUGGUUUUGGUAACUCAUUUUUAAAAGAUCAUUACACGGAGAACACCAAGUUUUAAAACUAACUCACAGAAUGGCCUUAGCUUCAGUGUCCACUGGGAUGUUUAUGAAUUACCUGUAAAAUGCAUCCAGAAUAAAGUGGAGUGAAUUACAUGGUUCAAAA